AUGGAUACAAUGAAUCCCGCGACACUUGUCAGUCGUCGUUUCAAACCCGAGUCCAUCCCUGAUCUUUCUGGACGCGUCGCAGUCGUGACAGGAGGGUCUGCCGGCAUCGGAUAUCAUGAUGCGCUCAGUCUCGCGAGAGCCAACGCGAAAGUCAUCAUCGUCUCCGCGAGCGAGGAGCACGGCAAGCAGGCCGAGGCAGACAUCAACAAAGCUCUCCAGGAGGCCAACUCUGCGGGCUCCGUUACUUGGCAUGGAGUCGACUUCGGCAGGUUGAAAGACGUGGACGCGCUUGCGAAAAGGCUCGCGGAGCAAGAGGAGUGUUUGAACAUCCUGAUUUGCAAUGCAGGAAUUGGGCAGACACCGCAUGGCCUGACGAGCGAUGGGCUUGAACGUCAUUUUGAGGUGAAUAACCUCGCGCACUACGUCUUCGUCCUGCGUCUUCUGCCGCUCAUGAAGAAGACUGCGUUGACUGCCCCACCCACGACUGUCCGCAUCGUCAUGCAGAGUUCAGAAUUACACCGCAUGGCGCCAAGCAAUACGAAGUUCCUCUCCAAGGAAGAGAUUAACAAGGACGGCGACGGCACACAGCUCUACGGUCGCACGAAGCUUGGACUGAUUUACUUCACACAAGAGCUGGUGAAGCGCACAUUGACUGACCUCCCGCCUGAUCGCCCGAUCCUUGCGAUUUCCGUACACCCAGGAGCGGUCGAUACCGAUCUCCAGAAGGCCUGGACCGAGAGUUAUGGCGUCCUCGGUCGGAUCGUGGAGACUCUGUCGCGAGCCGGAGGUAAAAGCGCGUCGGAAGGUGCGGAGGCUAGUCUCUGGGCUGCGACAUGCACCGACAUCAAUGUGGGUAACUGGAGGGACUUCCAGGGCAACUACUACUCUGACCCGUACAGCAAACCUCAGACGGAGAGCAAGCUGGCGAAGGACAACGCAGUCGCAGAUAACUUCUGGAACCUGUGCGCGAAACUUUCACAGGAGUUGCUCGGUGAAGAAUUGCCGUGA